CCGAGCGGGAGCCCGCGGCUCGCAGGCCGAGCCGAGCGGUGGCCCAGGCCGCGGUUUCCCGGAGAGCCACCGGACGGAAGCGGCGAGCACGAUGGACGACAAGGGCCCGCGAGUGACGGACUACUUCGUGGUAGCGGGCCUCACGGACACGUCGGCGGUGCUGGAGCAGGAGGGGAGCCGCUCGGACGCCAGGUCCGCCGGCCCCAAGGCUCCCAUCACGGACCUGGCCGUCAUCAUCAAGUCCGCCGGGGAGACCGUGCCCGAAGGCUACACGUGCGUCGAAGCCACGCCGAUGGCGCUCCAGGCCAACCUCAACUACGGGAGCCUGAAGAGCCCGGAGCUUUUCCUGUGCUACAAGCGGGGCAGGGACAAGCCGCCGCUGACCGACAUCGGCGUCCUGUACGAGGGGAAGGAGCGGCUCAUCUCGGGCUGCGAGGUGAUCCAAGCCACCCCGUACGGCCGGUGCGCCAACGUCAACAACAGCUCCGCCACUUCCCAGCGGAUCUUCAUCACGUACCGCAGGGCCCCCCCGGUCAGGCCGCAGAAUUCCUUGGCCGUCACCGACAUCUGCGUCAUCGUGACCAGCAAAGGGGAAAUGCCGCCCCACACGUUCUGCAAAGUCGAGAAGAAUCUGAACUGCGGAAUGUGGGGCUCCAGUGUGUUUCUGUGUUAUAAGAAGUCCGUGCCGGCGUCCAACUCAAUCGCCUAUAAAGCGGGCUUAAUUUUCAGAUACCCCGAGGACGAUUACGAGUCCUUCCCGCUGUCGGAAUCCGUACCCCUCUUCUGUCUUCCGAUGGGAGCAACCAUAGAAUGCUGGGAUCCUCAAACCAAAUACCCGCUUCCCAUUUUCUCGACCUUCGUCCUGACCGGUUCGUCCGCGGAAAAGGUGUACGGGGCGGCCAUCCAGUUCUACGAGCCGUACGCGCGGGAGCUCCUGACGGAGAAGCAGCUGGUGCAGCUCGGCCUGGUGACGCCCGUGGAGAGGAAAGCGGUCCCCAAAUCCAUCAAUUCCAACAAGUGCAUCUGCCUGCUGUCCCACUGGCCCUUCUUCGAGGCGUUCAGAAAGUUCCUCAUGUUCGUUUACAAGCUCUCGGUGUCUGGGCCCCAUCCCCUCCCCAUCGAAAAGCACAUCUCCCAUUUCAUGCAGAACAUCCCUUUCCCCUCGCCGCAGAGACCGAGGAUCCUGGUACAGCUGUCUGUUCAUGAUGCAUUAAUACUGUCUCAGCCGGUCUCUACGCCUCUACCGCUAAGUGGCGCAAACUUUAGUACUUUGCUGAUGAACCUCGGGCCCGAAAACUGUGCCACGCUGCUGCUCUUCGUCCUGUCAGAGAGUAAAAUCCUCCUGCACUCGCUGAGACCGGCCGUGUUGACUGGCGUCGCGGAAGCCGUGGUAGCCAUGAUCUUCCCGUUCCAGUGGCAGUGCCCGUACAUCCCCCUCUGCCCUCUGUCCGUGGCCGCGGUCCUCAGCGCCCCCGUGCCGUUCAUAGUCGGCGUCGACUCGAGAUACUUCGACCUCUACGACCCCCCCCCGGACGUGGUCUGCAUCGACUUGGACACGAACAUGGUGUAUAUAUCGGACGAAAAGAAAAGCAUGAAUUGGAAGCAGCUACCCAAAAAACCGUGCAAAAACCUACUCAGCACUUUAAAGAAGUUGUAUCCUCAACUGUCAUCAGUUCACAGGAAGACCCAAGAAGGCUCCGCCGUGGAAAUGACGCCCAUCGAGGCCGAUUUCUCCUGGCAGAAGAAGACGACGGAACUGGAGAUGGAGAUUCAGGAGGCGUUUCUGCGCUUUAUGGCGUCCAUUCUGAAGGGGUACCGGGUGUACCUGAAACCGCUAACGCAGGCCCCUUCGAAGAAAGCCACGGCCGUUGAUUCGCUGUUUGACCGCCAAGGUUUUUUAAAGAGCCGCGACCGAACCUACACCAGAUUCUACAGCGUCUUAACCAAGACCCAGAUUUUCAUCCGUUUCAUCGAGGAGUGCAGCUUUGUGAGCGAUAAGGAUACCGGAUUGGCCUUCUUCGACGACUGCAUCGAGAAAUUGUUUCCCGACAAAGGCGCGGAGAAAGGAGACAAGUUUGAUGCGGAGUCGGCGGACGCCAGAUUGAUCGAGCUCGAUGACUCGCAGAAGAGCGAGCACACGGUGUUCGUAAUGCCGCCGGAGCCCGCCCCCGAAGACGGACAAGACGGGUCGCCUAAAUACAGCUACACAAACUUUCCGAGACUGGACCUGAAGCUCUUCGACAGACCGCAGGAGCUGAAGCUGUCCUUCUCUAAGCACCCUUCCGGGAACAGCAUUUCGAGCAGUCCGGCCCUCAUGGCAAAGAGGACUAAGCAGGAGAUAAAAACGGCACACAAACUGGCCAAGAAGUCUAUCGCAAGCCCUCCCCAGUGGGCCAAAUGCCUGUUCAGCCACUGUUACAGCCUGUGGUUCAUUUGCCUGCCAGCCUACGUGAGAGUGUCCCAUCCUAAGGUCCGAGCCCUUCAGCAGGCGUACGACGUUCUCAUCAAGAUGAGGAAGACGGACGUCGACCCGCUCGAUGAGGUAUGCUACAGGGUCGUGAUGCAGCUGUGCGGACUCUGGGGUCAUCCGGUCCUGGCCGUCCGGGUCCUGUUCGAGAUGAAAAAUGCCAGGAUCCAACCGAACGCCAUCACGUACGGUUACUAUAACAAGGUGGUCUUGGAGAGCCCGUGGCCAAGCAGUAACCGCAGCGGCGUCUUCUUGUGGACGAAGGUGCGGAACGUCGUCCGGGGCGUGGCGCAGUUCAGGCGGGCGCUGAAAAAGACCGCCCCCAGUUCCCGGGCCUCUUCGGUAACAGUUCCGCGGAGUGCGACGGCUGGAAGUGAUGGGGACACGGUGAGCCACGGUAGCGUGAAUAGUUCUAAUGAUGCUAACAAUGGGGAAAACCCACUCUUCGUCAGAGAUUUAAUCAGGCUUGAUUCCAUUGAUAAUCACUCUAGCACAGGCGGUCAGUCGGACCAAGGCUACGGCUCUAAGGAUGAGCUUGUACGGGAGGACGGAGACGGCCCUCGCGGCCCCGAAGCACGAGCCGAGAGAGUCUCGGCCUCCAGAACCAGCUUCCAAAUAGAAGAGACCCGCGAAGCCAGCGACCCGGGGGAGAAGCAGAAUCAUCCCGGCGCUGAGCUUCCCCAUCCCGGUGAGCCGCCCACCUUGGGGAGCAGCAUCGUCAAGGUUCCCUCCGGGAUCUUCGACGGCAGGAAGAACAGCUUCGGCGGCUCGUCCGGCCCGCUGUUCUCGGCCCCGGAGUCCGGCGAAGAGGCGGCGUUCGCGACCGCUGGCGAUCCCCAGGGCGCCGCCGGCGAGAAAGGGGCGAAGAGGCAGAAGCAUUUCUCGGAGAGGAGCCGCAGCUUUAGCACGGAGAGCCGAGCGGGAAUGCUGCUCAAGAAGGGCAGCUUGGACUUGAACUCCAGCGAGAUGGCGAUGAUGAUGGGCGCCGACGCCAAGAUCCUUACGGCGGCCCUGUCCCACGCGAAGCCCCCCUCCCUCCACGGCCGGAGAACCCAGGGUCUCGAUAGCCCCGGCGGGCCUCAUCCGGCGGACGGCGUUUGGGAAGCCGAGUACCGCGCGUCGCCGGCUCUGGAGAUGCUCGAGGAAGGGCACGAGCAUCCCGACGCGGGGGCGGACGACGGCGCGCCCGAGCCGAGCGGCGCGCCUCGGGACCAGCGGCGCCCCGGGGACCCGAAAGCGGAGUCCAGAGAUUGGGGAACGAAGAGGAAUAGCUUGUAUGGCGUGGCCAGGCCGGUGGAGAGAGAGGACGUGGAGACCGGUUUAGAUCCUCUGUCGCUGCUCGCUGAGGACGUGGAGGCGAAAAGCCCGGAGCCGGAAGAGAAGGCCCUGUCUCCGACCGUGGCCCGGAACUUGGCGGACGAAAUCGAAAGCUAUAUGAAUCUGAAAAGCCCGCUGGGCAGCAAGUCUUCCAGCAUGGAACUGCACCGCCGGGACGGCGGCGGACCCCCGGCCGCCGCCGGCGCCCCGAUCCGGCCUCUGGAGAGGCGAUCCAGCCUGCCGUUGGAUCCCGGUCCGGGAGACCGGGAGAAGGCCGAGCGCCCGCGGGGCCCGUCCCCGGCGUCCGGGCCGAAAGCCUUCCCCGGGCUCCCCGAGCAGCCGGCGUCCGUGCGGCCUCCCAAGGAGCGCUCGCCGUCGCUGACGGCGCUCGUGCGCUCCACCCAGCACGGCUCGCUGGGCUCCGUGGUGACGUCCCUGUCGGGCCUGAAGUUGGAUAACAUACUUUCCGGCCCCAAGAUCGACGUCCUGAAGUCUGGGAUGAAGCAAGCGGCUACGAUAGCCAGUAAGAUGUGGGGGGCCGUCGCGUCCGCGUACAACUACUCGGACGACGAGGAGGAAACCGGUAAAGAUUAUAGUUUCCCCACUGGUCUGGAAGACCACGUGUUGGGAGAUCAUCAGCCAUCGAAAGGAAGCGGCCCCGGACUAGCCGCCGGUGAACUCACGCAAAGUAAUACCAGCCUCGGCAGCAGCAGCAGCAGUGGAGAUGCCGGCAAGCUACACUACCCAGCAGGCGAAGUCCUCUUUCCCAGGGAUGUAAAGAGCCAGGAGUUGGAAAAGUCAGAGCAUGGGUCUUCUCAAAAUACCAGCAUGUCCAGCAUCUACCAGAACUGUGCCAUGGAGGUCUUGAUGUCGAGUUGUUCGCAGUGCCGCUCCUGCGGGGCCCUGGUUUACGACGAGGAAAUCAUGGCCGGCUGGGCGGCGGAUGACUCGAACUUGAAUACCACGUGCCCGUUCUGUAAAAGCACCUUCUUGCCGCUCCUCAAUAUAGAGUUCAAAGACUUCCGUGGAUCCGCAAGCUUCUUCCUGAAACCGAGCGCUUCCGGCGACAGCGGCAGCAUUCCCUUAGCCGGCGGUCCCCCGGAACGCAAGGCCGCCGCCUCUCCCGCCGAUCCAGAUUUGACCGGUUCGGAAGAUUGCGCCAAGCGCGGCCGAGACGUGGCCGAAGGGAUCGGUUCGGCGGAGGAACGGAGUCGGAAAUCAGCGGCGGACGGCGACGGCCCCACGGCUGCGAGGACGCUGCCCGCGGCCGCCGGCCCGUCCAGGCGAGGGGUGUCUUUGACUCGAAGUCACAGCGUCGGCGGGCCGCUGCAGAACAUCGAUUUCUCUCAGCGGCCCUUCCGUGGCAUCUCGACCGUCAGCCUGCCCAACAGCUUGCAGGAAGUCGUGGACCCGCUAAGGAAAAAGCCCAAUCCUCCGCCCGUUUCCGUGCCUUACCUGAGCCCGCUGGUCCUGCGUAAAGAACUCGAAUCCUUGCUGGAAAACGAGGGCGAUCAAGUGAUUCACGCCUCGUCGUUCAUCAAUCAGCAUCCCAUCAUCUUCUGGAACCUGGUGUGGUACUUCCGACGUCUGGAUCUUCCCAGCAACCUGCCGGGCCUUAUUCUCACCUCGGAGCACUGCAACGAAGGGGUACAGCUUCCUCCAUCAUCUGUGUCUCAGGACAGCAAGCUAGUAUUUGUCCAGCUGUUGUGGGACAAUAUCAACCUCCAUCAGGAGCCCGGAGAACCUCUGUACAUCUCAUGGAGAAAUUUCAAGUCCGUCGAGAAGAAACACGCCCUGACUUCGGAGGCCCAGCAAGCAACGAGCGCGCUAGUGGAAAACAUCAGGCAGAGCAUUCAGGAUAACGACGUUCUUAAGCCCAUCGGCCUUCUGGUGCAGCAAGUGAAGCCGGGUGUGAAGCGCCAAAGGAGUCUGUACAGAGAAAUCCUCUUUUUAUCUCUGGUGUCUUUGGGAAGAGAAAAUAUUGAUAUUGAGGCCUUUGACAAUGAGUAUGAACUUGCUUAUAAAAGCCUCUCCACCGAGAUGCUCGAAAGGAUGCAGAAAAUCGACGUCCCACCAAGUAGGAGCGUGGAGUGGUGCAGGAAAUGUUUCGGAGCACCUCUGAUUUAAAUAAGGGAAGAAUGCGAAGCAUUUCCAGAGCGCAGACUAACCCUGGGAGACGACGGGAAAACCCAGCAGCGUGCCGAGAUUCGGAUUCAAGCUCCUGAGAACAGACCAAACUCAGAGUUAACCAAUUGCAACUUCUGCGGGGGGACGGGGGACGGUUUAUUCUGUUGUGAUUCAUCCUGACUCGAUCUCGCGAAAUCGGUGUCGUGCCAUGAAACAGCUAACGUUCGGUUGAAGGCGCCCGACCUCCAGAUUGCUAGCCAGUCUUUCCGGAAACCUGGGGAUUUCUCCCGAGAUCCGUGUUCGGAAGAGAGUGGUGAGAAACCAAUUUAUCAUCGGCGUCGGCAGCUUUCCGGGGUCGGAAGCGUGUAACCGUAACUAUUACAACCUUUCUAGGCACAAGGCAAGUAAUCCAGCUGUUAGACUUGACCGCCAAACGGUAGGUUGGGUGCGUGCCCGUGAGCUUGUAUAUGGAUGUAUAGUCGCGCGUACCGUCGGCUUGUGUACAUAUGGAAAUUUCCUUACGGCAUGAUGAUGCCGUAUAGCGCGUCCGUAGACCGGUCCGCAGUUAUUACUAAUCCAAAGUUUCCGAGCCCGAGGACCGGCAGCCUCGCUGUUUCUCUGGCUUCAUUUGUCCGUCUGUUAACGUCCAGUUUCACGCGCCGUAAUGCUUCUUGAAAUGUUGUACUGUGGAUAGUCAGCGCUCCUGUCAUCUUGCCCCUUCCCGUUACCAGAACAGCCUCCGUAACCUAAGCAGCUCCGAAACGGACGUAUCUUCGAGUCGAUCGGCAGCGUAAAUGAAAUGGAGUCGAGGUUGCGUUCUCCUUUGGUUUGAAGCCUUUGUUUUGGGGCUUUUAAGUCCUGGCUGUGGGUCACUUUUUAAAACCUGUGGGAUCGCUUGCAGAGCAAGGGAAGUUUAAUGGUGUAUGAUACUCAUAGAUUUACAUGCGCUCGCGGAAGCGUAUGUGUGCGUGUAAAUAUAUAUAUGUGUAUGCACAUAUACGUAUAUAUAUUUUAAGUAGAAUCCAGUCUUAAAAAUUAAAACUUGAUCUUAUUUACCAUAGUUUUAAAGGAAAUCAUAACCUCACCUGCCUCACCUAUUUUGUCAAGCCUUACGAAAAAAAAAACCCACAAACACACGCUCUCCAAAUUGCUAUACGUUUGCCUUAACUCUGUGCGUGAUGGCAGCAGACGAGUUGUCGUGUGACGGUACUUUGCCGAAACGAUGGAAAACGAUGGAAUUUCCUGGAAUUACAGACAGUGAUGACUUUCAAGUGAGGAAACUGGGGGAAUCUUCAAAGCACAUUCUCACUUUCUGCACAAAGCAUAUUUCGGUGGGCUACACUACAAUCAUUUGUACCAGUCUUCUACAUUUCAGGGUUUUAUCUAAUUCAUACAGCAUCGAAUAUUCGUUACCAACUCCUUGUAUUGUUGGAAAUGACAUGUGUGUUGACUGAAAAGGUUUUUAGGGGGUUUUGGGGUUUGUUUUUGUUUUAAAUGGCCAUUACUUUAUAGCAAUGGAUUUUGCACUAUUUGUCAGAGUAUAUAUUUUUGCAUUAUUGUCCUGGUACUCCUUUUAAAAUCACUUCAAUCUCCAUUACUUUACUGCUACAUCAGUUGACACUUAAGUGGUAUAAAAAUGCUGUUCUGUAUUUAUCCCAAAAAGCAUAAGAAUUCAGUACCGUUAAAAUAGUAACUACAACAUUCGAUAAAACGUGAAGUUAGUUUAGUUCGUUAAUAUGUCCGCCCCGUAGUUUUCCAGUACAGUUAGAAUUCUAACGACAGGAUUGAAUAAUGUGGGAAAAAUACUGUCGUUUAGUAGUACGUGUGAUAUAGUUUUCACUCCUGACAGUGAGUAGGGUUAACUUCUGUUUUAGUCUCUUCAGAAUCUGUAGAUUAUGUAUUGUCCGUACACUCUUUUUAUUUGUGAUGACACGGAUUUACUUUCCUCCUCCCUAAAUGAGCACUUCUGAUUGAAAAAUCUUAAGCUGCCCCUUGAACGCAGUACGGUAAACUGCCAAAAUGCUGACCCAAGUAAAUGGUCACCGAUAAAAUGACACUGUGGAAAAAUCCCCUGGUUUUAACCUGUAGCAGUAGCGAGGCCUGAUGAGGUCAAGCUUCAUUGCGGUUUUACUGACCACUUAAUGUAUUGCAAUAUUUAUUUGAAAUGUUCCCUAGGUGAUAACCUUCUGUCUCUUAAACUUUGCAGAGAGUCUUUGUGGUUUCUUCUGUCGAGUGGUAAAAAUCAAAUAUCUCUGUGCUUUCCUUAUCAGUGGGCGUAAUCAUAAGAUGAUUGAGUUUUCAGGUGAUAGGCUUGAUCCAACUGGAUCCUUGUCUUGGUGACAUUUUACCAGAAACUUUGAAAUCUCUUGUUUUUAGGCCACGAGACUGCUCUGUGGGGUCGCCCAAGGCCAGUCUAGUAUAUUUCCGGUCACUCACGUUUUACGGCGAACGAUAUUCUUAGUGUUUUCGAGUCACCUCUGGAGACGCAUUUGCUAAGGAUUUUUCUCUGCUAGGCUGAAAAUCGACUUUAGCUCUGAGGUUCGCUCCGUACGCCCUAUCCCGCCUUUCUCUCGUGCAGUUGAUCGAAAUCCAGCUAGACGAAAGCACCGCAUCGGAGUCGUCGAAAGCGCCGAAAGGGUAACCACUCUCCAAAUUACCGUCCAGGAGAUCAAUUAACACUACGUACCUGUUAUGGGAGCUGGGUAUUCCAUUUCCUUCGCGAUCGUUUGAUCCUGGGACUCUGCAGGUGGCAGGAGAACUUUCCACGAUGUUGUGAAAGAAAUGAGUUCUGUAGAUAAGGAUUUAUUCGAUGAUUUUUGUAACAUACUGUAGAGCUUGCUCACUCGAACCGAGGAGCGACAUAAAAACAGGCUGUCGCGUGGCUGUCUGUGUGACGUGGCUGAGCCAGCUUUGCUUCAGCGCUCCCCCAGAUUUUAAGUGCAGGGCGUCUAGUCAUCCAGCGGCUAGACCGUCCCUAAUCUUUACCAGCAAAACACAGAACUUCCCGGAGUGAAGUGUGUGAUCGAAACCGAUGCAGAUCGAUUGGAAGGUCUUUUUUAGGCGGAUUCUCUCCUCCCUCACCGAGAAUGGAAACUUACGGCCCAAUCCUGAACUGAUUCUCUUGUGUCCGAAGCGCUGAAUCUUGGUAAUCUAGAGCCAGUGAUAUUUGGUUUGUUUGGUGGGGUUUAAACGCCUCUUUUAAGAAUUCAGGUCGGUCAGAGAAAUAUUUGCCCCUAAAGGAUUAUUGAGUUAUGAAUGCGUUGCGUAGAGUUGCCGAUUCUUCCGAGAGGCCCUCCUGUACCUCUGUGGGAUAAUACUACUUAAUAGGAGCCCUGGCUUCCUCUAGGUGAAAUUUUAAAUUGUACAUAAACGAGUAGCUUAGAUUAGACGUAGAGCAGCUUUAAGUCGUAGUAACAGGUUGGAUCGAAAUCCGGACGAGUUAUAGUGAACAGAAAAUUGAAGUUUUGUGGUUGCAGGUUCGCCAAGGGGUACUGUUCUCCCAGUUGAUCCAUAUUCGAAGGAAACAAGUGCAUUUAACAGAAAGGCUAUUGAUAAAUAAGCGAGAAAUAACCUUGGCCGCCACCGCGUUGAAGCUGCCCAUCCCCCCAAAGUUCAAAUUCUGCAAGUACCGCUACGUCCGCCAUUCAUUACUUUCCUCUUUGAGUCUAGAGUGUCGCAAAGAAAUUAGGUCAUGUGAAUUCCAACCCCCGAAUUGUGGAUUUUAAAAUGAAUUGCGGUUGGGCGUGUAAGUUCCGUGCUGUCGUAAUGCCAGGGACGUUAUGUUACCGAAAUGGAAAAUAAAGGAUAUCCCGAACAACCCGUGUCUGUUAGGAAAACAAAAAUACAAACAAAAGAAGACUCGUUUGGAAGGAUAAGGCCAACCGAUCCACGUAUUUCUAGUUCCCCACUCUUCUAGCCUCGUUCGCGUUCCUCUUCAGUUUCUGUAGAGGUUCCGAUUGCAGAUAUUAUUGGGAAAGCGUUAAGCAGUCACAGGUAACUUAAAUUCCACAUAGUUCCUCCUACUGAGAAGUCUACAAGUGGCCGAACCCAAGCCCGUUGGAUAAAUCAUCAGCAGAAUGCACGUUUGGAUUUCACGUGACUCCAUCUAAUUCUUUGGUUCGUGUGUAAAAAAAAAAAAAAAAAUUGGGGCUCUAGUUUUACUGUUUUCGUAGCUGUGCCGUAGAUUGUGAGUUAAGUUGAUUAGACCAUAGGAAAAAAUAUAUUUUUAUAGUAAUGUUGUCUAAAAAUAUAUCUAGCGUAGAGUCAGUGGUCUCUUUAAAUGGCUAAUCGAUUCAGCAGUUCCUUGUGAAAAAUCACACUAACUUUCUAAAUAAUGGUAUCGCGUUUAGCAAAUAAGCUGCUUCUCUUAAACAUAAUGAAAACCUCCAGUGCCUUUUGUGUGUCUUUUUUUUUUUUUUUUGCUUCAUGAAAUGUGGGGAAAAAAAUCUAUGAACGGUAGUACUAAAACUAUACAGUUACAUUAAUAAAGAAACUAUACUGUUUAUUUUUCUACAUCAAUGGGUGAUGCAGAUAUAAGGGAUUGUUUCCUACUGAUGCAAGCACAUUGCACUCCUUUUGGGAGAUUAAAAAUGAACUCUGUAAAUUCAAAUGAUUUAAAGUGUGAAUGUUAACCAAUAUUGCAAAGUUGGAAGUUUUUCUGUUAAAAGCAAUGAAUUUUCACCGGUUUUAAGGCUCCGAACUGUUCAAAAAUGGCAUCCAUUUGCUAUGCUUUAUUCUAACAUUUCUCUAACUUUUUGUACAUUGGACAAAUGCUCAAGGUUACAAGGGCGCUUUGUGUAUUCCAAAUUUUGGAUAGAUCUCAGCUUACACUAGAAAGAGACAACUUGUAGCGUAUUUCUCCAAAUAAAAUGCGUAUGAAUGAU